AUGGCGUCUUCCUCCUCAUCGUACAAAAGUAGUUCUUACGGUGAUUGCGAAAAGGAAGCGUCCACUGUAUCAAGAAAAAUAUUUGAUGCAUUCAUUAACCACCGAGGCCCUGACGUGAAAGAAACUGUGGCUUUUGCACUUUACAAUUCACUCGAGGAAUUGGGAUUUUGGACCUUUCUAGAUGAUCAAGAAUUACAACUGGGAGAUUCAAUUGAGUCUGCCAUUAAAAAAGCCAUAUACUCUUCAUCUGUGCAAAUCGCCAUCUUCUCCCCACGAUAUGCGGAGUCGUCUUGGUGUCUAAAUGAGCUGGUUGACAUGUUGGAAACCAAGGCUCUGUUUAUUCCUGUAUUUUGUGAUGUCAAGCCUUAUGAACUUCGUUACCCUCAAAAGGGGGUUUAUGCAGCUGCAUUCGCUAAGCAUGAAGAAAAGGGGAGAUUCAGCAACGAGAAGAUUCACUAG